UUGGAUGUUGCCUGUUGUGAGGACGCGAGGAAUCUUAUAUAAAGGGCAUGCUCGAGCCGGCCCCCCUGAACAUUCUCGCUUCACUUUACACUUGUCUUCAACUUCAACUUUAUCCAUUCUUUUUUGUCUAAGAAUUUAACCCCAGGUUUUCACACAACAAAUACAUCAUAUCAUGUCUGUCAUCAAGGUCGGUAUUAACGGUUUCGGUCGCAUCGGUCGCCUCGUCUUCCGCGCUGCCCUCACCAACCCCAACGUCCAGGUCGUUGCCAUCAACGAUCCCUUCAUGAAGGUCGACUACAUGAGCUACAUGCUCCGCUUCGACUCGACCCACGGACGCGUCGGCGCCCAGGUCACUGUCGAAGACGGCAAGCUCGUUGUCAAUGGCCAUGCUGUCGAUGUGUAUGCUGAGCGCAACCCCGAGCAGAUCCCCUGGGGCCAGUCCGGCGCUGUCUACGUUGUCGAGUCCACCGGUGUCUUCACCACCAAGGAGAAGGCCGGCCUCCACUUGAAGGGUGGUGCCAAGCGCGUCAUCAUCUCGGCGCCCUCCAGCGACGCCCCCAUGUACGUGUGCGGUGUCAACCUCGACAAGUACAACCCCGCCCAGGACACCGUUAUCUCGAACGCCUCCUGCACCACCAACUGCCUUGCCCCCCUGGCCAAGGUCCUGCACAACGAGUUCGGAAUUAUUGAGGGUCUGAUGACCACCUGCCACGCCGUCACUGCCACCCAGAAGACCGUCGACAGCCCGUCCGAGCGCGACUGGCGUGCUGGCCGCGGUGCUGGCCAGAACAUCAUCCCCGCCGCCACUGGUGCCGCUAAGGCCGUCGGCAAGGUUAUCCCCGAGCUGGCUGGCAAGCUCACCGGCAUGUCUCUGCGUGUGCCCGUCCCCGAUGUGUCGAUCGUCGAUCUGACCGUCCGCCUCGAGAAGGGCGCCUCGUACGACGAGAUCAUCGCCGUCAUCAAGAAGCACGCUGACACUGACCUCAAGGGCAUUCUCGGCUACACCGACGAGGAGGUCGUCUCGCAGGACUUCUGCGGCGACGCCCACUCCUCGAUUGUCGAUAUCAAGGCCGGUAUUGCUCUCAACGACAACUUUGUCAAGCUGCUUUCGUGGUACGAUAACGAGUUUGGCUACUCGCAGCGCGUCGUCGAUUUGAUCGAGUUCGUCGCCAGCAAGGAGUAAAUUUUUAUUUUCUUUGUCUCCCCAAUCUCUACGUAAUUUUAUUUUCAACCUUUUGAACAAUCAGCUGUAUUGUGUGUCGAAAAAAA